UUCUUCAAUCUUUAGCCCGCUACCUCUUUCUUACGUUCUUCAUAAACAUUCCUCGGUUUCUAUACAACAGACAAAAUGGCCACGACAACCCAUCCCGAAUACAAUUCCAAGACAGAAGCCCUUGAAGUAGCAGACGCAUUCACUGCUCGAAUCACCGGGAAGACGGUUCUCGUAACUGGUGUGAAUCGCAGUGGGAUCGGGUAUUCGACGGCUCGUGCUUUUGCCUCUCAUUCGCCGUCUCUCCUUAUUAUUACCGGUCGAAGUCCAGAGAAAAUAGAAGAGUCGAUCGAUGCGCUUAGGGCUGAGUUUCCUGGUGUGGAUUGUCAGGGGCUCCGGGUUGAUCUUUCCAGUCAGCGGUCCGUUCGGGACGCAGCGGCGGAGGUUAUGAGUUGGCCCGACGUGCCCACGAUUGAUAUUAUUGUCAAUAGUGCAGGCGUAAUGGGUAUUCCGGAACGGAGACUGAGCGAAGAUGGGAUUGAGUUGCACUUUGCGACGAAUCAUCUCGGACAUUGGCUCUUCGUGUGCUUGAUCAUGUCGAAGGUGAUUAAAGCUGCGGAGAGGAAUCCGAGGGGUGCGACGAGAAUCGUCAAUGUGAGUUCUGCGUCGCCGCAGGUUUCUGGUAUGCGGUGGAGUGAUAUCAACUUUGAGAAGAGGAAUAAGGAUUUGCCCGGGGAUGAACAGCCUAAUUAUGAGUGGUUUGCGAUGUGUGGAUGUCCGGAUAUCGAGGACGUUUGUUAUGUUCCUCUGGAUGGGUAUAAUCGCAGUAAGGUUGCGAAUGUGCUUUUUGGGAUCGCUGCGAAUAGGCGGUUGUUUGAAAGGUAUGGUGUUUUGAGUCUGGCUGUGCAUCCGGGGGUGAUAGAAACGGAGCUGGGUCGGAAUAUGACGGUGGAGGAGAAGGACAUGUGGGCGGAGUUGAGGAAGGGGGUUUUCAAGCCGAAGACGUUGGGUGCGGGAGCAGCGACGAGUUUGGUCGCUGCGCUGGAUCCAUUGCUGGCUCAGGGUGUGGGAGAAAGCCAAUAUGGUAGUGAGAAUUGGGGGUCUUAUCUGGAGAAUUGUCAGAUAAGUGGGGAAGCUCAUUCUCUUGCGGUGUCUAGUGAAGAGGCUGAGAAGCUUUGGGGGCUCUCUGAAGGGUUGGUUGGAGAGGCUUUCGCAUGGUGAGUAUUCGUGUCGUGGUGUCAGCUUAAUUGAACUGAGGAAUCGUAUGUUGUGGCUGUUGUACUUGGUUCCAUAGCUUGUGAGC